UAACCAGAUUAUACAUUACACAAAGUAUCAAUUUUAUUCAUUUUGGUAAACUAUUUUUCCCCUCUCUUAAAAACUCUUUAAUCUCUCUCUUCUCCGGUCGCCGGAAUUUUACUACCCACAAAAAUUUUCCGACAACCCAUUUGCAUUUUCUAACUCUUUUAAUUUUUCAAGUCUUCAUUUAAAUUUUUGAGCCAAAAAAAAAGUGAGAAAAAAGGGAAGAAAAAGAUGAGUUUUGAGCUUUAUUUUUCUUGUAAAAUUUCAUAGAUUUGAAAAAAUUUCAUAUUUAAAUCUAGUGAAGUUUUUAGAAGAAAUUAGUUGAUCGAUUGGAACUAUUGGAGGAUCUAUGCUCUGUCCAAUUUUUUUCCCAAGUUGGACUCUCAUGCAGACAUGUAGAUAUGGGCAGUACCACUUCUCGCUUUCAGUGUAUGGGCACUGUUUGUGGUCCUAGUUAUCAUUGAAGUAUUGAAUUUGAGUUGUUGAGUAUUGACAUGGAAUCGAAGCAAGAAGAGGCCCUUAUAGCCAAACAGCAUGCUGAGAAGAGAUUUGUUGAGAAAGACUUUGUUGGUGCGAAGAAUUUCGCUUUAAAAGCUCAGAUGCUGUUUCCUGAUUUAGAAGGCAUUUCUCAGAUGGUGGCUACAUUCGACAUAUAUGUUGCGUCUGAGGGGAAAGUUAAUGGGGAAAUCGAUUUUUAUUCGAUUCUUGGGUUAAAACCAUCAGCAGAUAAAUCUAUGGUUAAGAGACAGUAUAAAAGGCUCGCGGUAUUGCUACAUCCAGAUAAGAACAGAACAGUUGGAGCAGAUGGAGCAUUUAGGCUUGUCUCAGAGGCGUGGACUCAUUUGUCAGAUAAUGCUAAAAGAGCCUCUUAUGAUCUUAAAAGAAAUGGUCACAUGUCUUCUACAGUGGUUGCUGGGGCUGCAUAUCCGACCAAUUGUGCCAAGUCUUCUCUUCCGCCUACAUUUUGGACUGUCUGCACUUCUUGUCAAGUUCAAUAUGAAUAUCUUAGGAAGUAUGUGAAUAAGAGGCUCUCAUGUAAGAACUGCCGAUCUACUUUUAUGGCUGUGGAAAUGGGAACCGCUCCAAUCAAUGGUUCUUAUCCUGUUUCCCAGUUUUCAUUUGUGCCUGAUAAUGGACACAGUAAUAGUCAUGGAUAUAACAAUGUCUCUUUUUUCCCUACUAAUACUGUAUUUGUUUCCGGGAAUGGGAUCCCUGGGUAUCACGCUGGUCAUGGCUCUGAAUAUGUCUCAAAUGUUUCCUUUCAGUGGAGCACAUCCCCUGGGUCCUCUGCUGGGUAUGUCAGCCCUAAUGGAUUUACCACCUCUACUGAUACAUUGUACCAGAGCAAUGGUUAUCCAAGUAAACCUGCGAAAAAGGUGAAAGCGGAGGUUGGUAUAAAUGUCAAUGGUUCAGUUGGCUGUAAUCAAUCAUUUGGUACAGCAAAGGUUACAAGACCGUAUAAGAGAAGGAAGGUUGAGGCUGGAGGUAAUUCUGCUGUAAAUGGUGAUGAGUUGGGAGCUAAGGUUGUUACAGAAACAGCAGUGCGCAAUGAGAACGGAUGCACUGUACCCAAGUUUUCUGCCACUAAUGAAUCUUCUGUUAGGCGGCCUAUGCCACCCCUGAUUGAUAUCAGAAGCUUGUUGAUAGAGAAGGCCAGAACCGAAAUCCGAAAGAAGCUGGCAGAGAUAAAAUCAGCUCCUGCUGAAACUGGCCUUAAACUUCACAGAGAACCUGGUAAACCAGGAGAAUCUCGGAGAAGAACAAAUAUUGGUAUCUCCAAUUUGGAGCCCAAGAAAUUGGGGCCAGUCACUCUAACAGUUCCUGACUCUGACUUCCAUGAUUUUGACAAGGACAGAACAGAAGAGUGCUUCCAACCUAAGCAGAUAUGGGCACUGUAUGAUGAAGAAGAUGGCAUGCCUCGCCUUUAUUGUCUGAUACGCCAGAUCAUCUCAGUGAAUCCAUUUAAAAUUCAUAUUAGCUACUUGAGUUCUAAAACAGAUACUGAGUUUGGAGCAGUAAAUUGGAUAGAUUCUGGUUUCACUAAAUCUUGUGGACAUUUCCGGGCAACUAGCUCUGACAUUGUCGAAGGGGUCAACAUGUUUUCUCACAUCCUCAGCCGGGAAAAGGCAGGCCGAGGAGGGUGCGUUCGGAUUUACCCGAGAGGCGGAGACAUAUGGGCGGUGUACCGGAACUGGUCAAAGGAUUGGAACAGGUCAACUCCGUACGAUGUGAGGCACCAAUAUGAAAUGGUGGAAGUUCUGGAUGAUUACAAUGAAGAGGUUGGGAUUUGUGUUACCCCCCUCAUUAAGCUAGAGGGUUUCAAGACGGUGUAUCAGAGAAGCACAGCCAAGGGUGCAACUCAGUUGAUCCCAAGGAGAGAAAUGGUCAGAUUUUCGCACCAGGUGCCGUCUUGGUUGCUUAAAGAGGCAAGUGAUUUACCAGAAGGGUGCUGGGAUUUGGAUCCUGCUGCAAUUCCAGACGAGCUGCUUCAGUCGAUGAAGGAUGUCGAGGUCCAAGACUUACAUAAACCAAGCGAGAAAGACUCUUGAAAACGAAUACUGCUCUUUUUAAGCAUUCUGCUAAUGAUGGUCAUGUUGUUUAAGAGCUGGUUUAACCUUAAUACGGAUAGAGAAUAUCAUAAAGUAGGGCAGGGGUUCACCAUAGGAUGAUGUAGAGUAGUUCUGAACUUCUGAUGUGGGUCACAAGCUGAUCUACAACUUUGAACCCUUGUGAUUUUAGAGGGUUCAUUGGUCAUCAUUGAGUGAUGGUGCUAUGUAGGCAUGUAGCAACUUUUACUCAAUUCUUAAAUUGAUUUUACUUGUGUUA